GGAUUGGAAUCUUGUACUGUUAGAUGGGUAGGGUUUUGUUGUUUAGAUUUUCACCCAAAAAGGUUUUGGUUCAUAAUCAUUGUUAUAUGUUAAUGAUUUUGUUCUUAAGACAUAAAAAUGAAAUUCAAGAAGCUAUAUAUAUAUAUAUAUAUAUAUAUAUAUAUAUAUAUAUAUAUAUAUAUAUAUAUAUAUAUAUAUAUAGGGAAAAGUGAAUAUACCUAACAACCCCAUAUAAGCUUAGGUACCUAACAUCUAAUACUACGUCGUUUUGGUUGAUUUCCACAAAUCUUAUUAUUCUAAAUUUUAAUUAAAAAAAGCAGUUUCCAUAACUAUUUUACAGAGACGUGAUUGUAUAUGUGAGAUUUUUGUUGAUUAUUCUCAAUCAAUUGUUUUCUUUUAACCUAUUAAUCGAUUCUUGCACCUUAUUGUUGUCAAUCGACUGGAUUCUAUUUUCUGGCUGAUCAAGAGUCCUACUUUUCAAUUGAUUGUUGCUGCUUGCUGGCAUGAUGGCUGAAGAAGUUGCUCAGCCUACUGAAAUACAUGUUAUUGAUAAUAAUGAACCAAUCAGAAUGGUAGAAUGUAAUGAAGGAAAGUCUAAGGAUGAAAGUAUAGUGGGAAUGGUUUUCGAUACACCUGAUGAUGCAUAUACAUUUUAUAAUGAUUAUGCAUUUUUACAUGGAUUUGGUAUACGUCGUGAUUCCACAUUUAAACAUAAGUCGACAAAGGAACCUUAUCGGAAGAUAUAUGUAUGCGACAAAGAAGGUUUUAAACGGUUAGAUGAUAAUGCUUCAAGUGGAAUUGAGAAAAAACGGCGUAGAGAAGUUAGACUCGGAUGUAAAGCAGAACUUCGAAUUUCAAAAAAUAAGGAUGGUAAAUGGUUUGUAGACACUUUUAAUGACACACACAAUCAUGAUAUGAGCAUGACACCAACGAAGGUGAUGAAGCAUCGAUCCCAUAAUAAGUUCCAUCGUUCAAUGGAAUGCAAAUCUCUUAUGGUGAAACUAGGUUAAUCAGGAUUGAAACCUUGUGAGGUUAGAAAGGCUUUUAAUGGAAUGAAAACCUCAGCCGCCGUAGCUGAUGUUACUUCAAAGCAGUGUGCCGAUGUCUUAUCUGAGCAACGAAAACAAUACAGAGGAAAGGAGUUCUAUGGACUUAUAAAACAUUUCCAAGAUAAAGCCUUACAAUACUUUUCUGUGGAUUUAUGUGAUGAUGGGUGUCCUAAAAAUAUUUUUUGGGCUGAUGGAAGAUCAAGAGAUGCCUAUACUAAAUUUAGCGAUGUUGUUGUGUUUGAUGUCACUUAUAUGACAAACAAAUUCAAGAUGCCUUUUGCUCCCUUUGUUGGUGUUAAUCAUCAUGGACAAUCUAUACUUUUUGGUGGAGCAUUGCUAGAAAAUGAAAAAGAAGAAACUUUUGAAUGGUUGUUUGAGCAAUUCCUUAAAUGUAUGUUUGGCAAAUGUCCGAAGGCAAUUAUUACCAAUCAAGACAAAGCUAUGGGUAAUGCAAUAAAAAAAGUGUUUCCAAACACUCGACAUCGUUUUUGUGGAUGGCAUAUUAAGAAGCAUGAACAUGAACACAUUAAACCGUAUGUUUCCCGUUAUUGUGAUUUUAAAGAAUCAUAUACAGAAUGGGUAAAUAGUGACACCGUUGAAGAAUUUGAAAGUAGGUGGGAAGUUAUGCGUGAUAAGUAUAGAUUGGAAAACAAUUGUUGGAUAAGUGACAUGUAUGACCAACGAAUACACUGGGCUAAAGCCUUUUUAAAGGAUGUUUUCUUGGCUGGUAUGACCACAAGCGGACGAAGUCAGAGUAUUAAUUCAUUUUUUGAUGGAUUUGUUAACUCGAAGACUCUGUUGAAUGAAUUUGUAGUGCAAUAUGACAAAGCGGUUGAUUCUCGAAGGGCCGCCGAAGAAGAUGAAGACUUCAAGACUAUGAACUCGAGACCGGUUCUUUCUUCUAUUCAUCCAAUCGAAGAAAAAGUAGGUGAGUGUUAUACAAGAAAGAUUUUUGAUAUGUUCAAAAAAGAAUGGAUAGAAGCUACUAGCAAUUUAACUCACGAGACUAUAAGCAAGGGUACCGAAGAAAGCACAUAUCGAGUGGGGCAACUAAAAGUUGAAAAAACAUAUUGGCGAAUUGUUACAUUUCGUUUUUCUAAUGAAGUCAAUGUCACAUGUUCCUGUUCUAAGUAUGAGACAUGUGGGAUUUUAUGCAAACAUUGCCUAUAUGUGAUGAAGAAAAGACAUGUUGAAACACUACCUAGUCACUAUAUUUUACAUCGGUGGACACUUAAUGCUAGGUACAAGGUGGGUAAUAGUAUAAUCGGACUCGAAGAAAUAAACAAUGAAAACGAAGUUAGUUUCUACACAUUAUGGUGUGUCCGUUCAAAUUUCACUAAAGUAAUUAAUCAAGCAAGAGACUCCCCUUCGGAUAUACAAAAACUCAAUAAUCUAUUGAUAAGUAUUUUAGAUGAUCAAGCAACUCGAAAGAAACCUAUAGCAUUUGAGAAUGCAUCUCAAGGUUCGUGUGUGGGAAUUUCACAAGUAGAUAUGAUGCCCUAAUUAUCUGUCAGGGAUCCUCUUGGUCCAACUAACACGAAAGGGCGUCCUAGAGUUGCAAGUAGAAUUAAGUCUUCUUUAGAAGCCCCGAAAAAACGAACGUGCUCUUACUGCCAAAGAUUGGGUCAUUACGCUACUAGUUGUUCAAAAAGAAAAGAAGAUGAAUCGAUGCAAGAGAAAGAAGGAUGAGAGCUGUAGUUUCAUUGAGAAAAUGAUAAAUCUAGACAUUUCUUGACAUUCUGUUUUUUGUUAAUUGCAUUUUUCUUUGUUUCGGAGAAAACAUUUUUAUGCAAAUCUGGAUAGGUUAUAUUUUUGUUAA